UUACCACUGGCGUAUUGCAACAUAUUAUUGGGUAAUGGAGUCAAACAGCACCAGAAUGUGACCAACAGUUUGAACGUAAACGCGAUCGGACAGCGUAUGGAUGCUAGAAUGCCAUUCCUGGACACAACAGUCAUGUUACCACUGGCGUAUUGCAACAUAUUAUUGGGUAAUGGAGUCAAACAGCACCAGAAUGUGACCAACAGUUUCAACGUAAACGCGAUCGGACAGCGUAUGGAUGCUAUUGUGGCCGUAUUUUAUGCCGGGAUCAUUUUAAUAAUAUUAUUAUCCAAUGCACACCGAUUCCGAACAAAUAAGACAAAUAAGAAGCGAAAAAAGUCGAAAAAGUUUAGGAAAAUCCUGUCGUCGGGUCUGAUUAGAGGAGUGACACCAACCCGGGCGCCGACAUCAUGUAAAGCCAACUCAUCGACUAAUAUUGAAAAGCAUAUUAUAGUACACAAUAACAGGGAGAUGACAGUUGUGGACACCAGUGAUAAAUAUCCAGAGACUAUAAUAUAAGUGUCACAUAAAAGAGAUGAUAAAAAUGAGCGAAAU